UCUGUCGUGGAAAGAAGAACUGCAAACAAAACUUUAAAAUUCAAAAGAGUCAUCACCUAUACACUAUAUAUUCGAACAACGGGCAGCUGGUUCAUUUUGCUCAAGUGGCGCGACCUGAAGAAUGCAUUUACGGACGCAUCCUUCAUCGAUCUUCUCCAUCUGAACACUGUACACUUACCUUUUUCCAUUCAACCUGAAGCAGAAAGAGUGGAAAAUUGCCUAAGAGCCGUAGCUACGAAAGUAUAUGGCCAGGGGAAGGGGUUACGCGGAACCACAAGGGCCAAUUUUCUUGAGAAGGAAAGGUCAAUUAAGGUGUACCAACAUGAGCUUGAGCAUGGCAACAGUGUGAUAAAAAAUAGAGCAGCAAAAUGCGAGGAAGAGAAAGAGCAUCUGGAAGCGGAAAUUCAAAGGCUUGAAAAACGAUGCGAGGAACUCUUAGAAGAACUUCAGAGUGCUGAGGUUAGAAUGCAGGACCUAGAGAAUGAAUCAGAGAAGGCAGUUGAAGAGAACAAACAGCUAUCACAAUACCUCGAUUUCCUUGAGGACGUUAUGAUAUGCACUAACUGCAGUGGAAACUUAAGAAACCAUGGCCGACCUGUACACGAGGUUGGUAAACGCCAAGGGAACCGAAAGAUAAAAGAAGUAAAAACCAGGGCUUCGAUGGCCCUGUGGUUCUUGGAGUCAUUUGGCUUAACACUUGAAUCUGUCAAAGUCAAAGAUAAGGAUGGGAAAGCCACUGAACUUGGCUACGGAAAAGACAACGGAACAUCAUUUCAUGAUCU